AUGUUAGCUUUAGCGUUUGGAAAACUUAAACAACGAGUUGUGUGGAGACUCAAAGGUACUGUCACUUAAGGACAAACGUCGUCGUUAAAACAUCCAGUCCCAUGAGGGAUUGUUAAAAGAUCCCAUAUUUCAUAUGUAACCAUGCGAAAGUACUGCUGAAGAGGUUUGAGUUUCAUCUUCGCACCAUACGAUUUCAUCCGCAGACUAAAAAAGUACGACAGCAAAGUUUCAGAACCAUAUGAAUUGUUACGUAAUAUAUCAAACAUACGGUUUUCAUCACCAGAUGAAACAAAAGAAGAGAUGCAGUGUUUUGAAAAGACGACGCAGCGGAGUAUUUUUUGACGAACUUCGAGGUGUUUCAUUUGGUGAUGAAACAGCGAAUGUUUGAAUCAAACAAAACAUUUUUUGAAGGAGAAACGAGGAGCAAAAGUACUGUUCAGAUUUCCAAACACUCAUUAAACAUUAAUUUCCUUUGUAUUUUCUUAAUGAAUUAUUAACGAGUUUGAGAAACCAUAUUCACAGACUCAAAAGUUUCGAAACGUUCAACAUAUCUCUUGUUAAUUAGCUUUAAUUAGCUAUGGGAGUGAACUGAGGCUUGUAGAUCACUUAAUUAGCCAAUUCCACUUAAGACCUUACGGGGUUGGGUAUAGGUUGUGUUUCAUGUAAUAUAUCAAACAUGAGAGGCAGUGUUUCAUCACCAGAUGAAACACCGAGAAGAGAGUUGAAAAAUACGACGCGCAGCGGAGUAUUUUUGACGAACUUCGAGGUGUUUCAUCUGGUGAUGAAACACUGUGUCGAAUGUUUGAUAUUUCUUCUCAAACAAAAUCAUUUUUGAAGGAGAAAUUAAGGAUGCAAAUACUGAGCAGUUUUUCAUCCGAUUUCCAAACACUCAUUAAACAUUAAUUUUCUUUGUAUUUUCUUUAUGAAUUAUUAAUGAGUUUGAGAAAUUAAUAUCAUAUAAAACAUUUCUUUCAGGUUACAUACCUUCAUUUUUGGGUUCAAACAUUAAAGUAGUGGACUGGUUACCUCAGAAUGAUCUUCUGGGUCACAAGGAUAUCAAAGCUUUUGUGACUCAUGUAGGACACAACAGCCUUUAUGAGUCUGCAUAUCAUGGGGUUCCUGUGGUAGCAGUUCCAUUGUUCGCAGAUCAGUUUGCGAAUGCCAAAAAAGCGGAACACUUCGGUCUUGGUUUGACAGUGAAUCACAGAAGUACUACUGUCCAACAGCUUGUUGAAACAAUCGAGCUGGUCGUUAGAGAACCAAGGUGAUAUCUGGUUUCAGUUUCUUCCACUGUUAUAAGUGUGUAUAUGUAUAAGUGUGUUUAAGUGCAAAACGGUCGAUUUCUGCUUGCUAGAGGCCAACAUUCCCAACGGCAGUUUGAAGUGAGAGAGGUUAGAAACUAACCACGCGUUUCUCUCCCAGUCUCCAUGUCCGCCUUCAAAAGCCACGCCUGUAGAACUUUUGGUUUUGUGACCAACUCAAAAUUAAGGCUGUUUUACAGCCAGUGUCUAUACGUAAAUAUCAAGGAAUAUUUCUUUCUUAGGCAAUAUGACUCUGCAAUCACGGUCAUAAUUAGCUGAAACAUUUUCGGAAACACAACAUAGGUACAUACAUACUUUGAGUUCUUGCCCGAGAACACGUAUUGCAUUUCUCCCCUAUCCUUCCCCUUGUGUUGCUUUCAGUGGAUUGCGGCUUACAUGGGCCUUUCGAAAUGAAGUUUGAAUGCAGGGGAAGAAAUCCACAAGGGUUUCAACAAUUACGCCCGGGAAUUUUGCUGAAAAUGAGAAGUGUGAAUGCUUGCCUAUACUAAUUUCGGCAAACAAGGCCAGUUUUGCAACCUUUCCAUGACAUUAUAGUCGCCCCACAAAAGGGAAUCCAAGACAGUCGUGGAUUCUGGAUUCCAGUCUUUGUCAGUGGAACUUGGAUUCCGGAUUACAAUCCUUAGUGGGAUUCCGGAUUCCUUGAACUGUAUUCCGGAUUCCAAAGUCCAGGAUCCGGAUUCCACAGCCAAAAUUUCCCGGAAUCAAUCGGGAAUCCAGAUUCCUUUUCAUGGGGCGAAUUAUAGCGUGGCUGUAUUUUCCAGAUUCAAGCAGAGUGCCAUGCGUAUCUCCAGUCUGUUAAAAGACCGGCCACGCUCCCCUCUUCAAGAGACCUGUGAUUGGAUAGAGUAUGUGAUCAGACAUGGUGGAGCUCGGCAUCUCAAAGCUCAAGUGUUUAACAUCCCUUGGUAUCAGUACUACCUACUUGACGUUAUGGCUUUCAUUGUUGCUAUGGUGACCUUGGUUGUCAUGGUGAUAAGGUUGAGCUGUGCAUGCCUAUGUCGUUUGUGCUGUGAAAGGAGCAGCGACAAAACCAAGAAGGAUUAA